AACACGAAUUUUACAUCACGCGCUUCCUGUGCAACUACGACACCCUAAAAAACGCUUUCUCCAACAACCGCGCUAGCGAACAGACGAUAGAAUGGCGGGCUGGGGUUGGACGUUUCUUGCUCUGUUGAUGAUGAAUAAUUUCCAUCAACAAGCAACAGAAGAAACGGUACGUGAGAAACGCCAAAUUUCGUACCCCAUGAUUUACAAAACUGUGCAGGAUGCUAUAGAAGAAGCCAACAGUGAACUGACGUUACAAAAACAGAUAGACAGAUACAUGAUGGAUAUAGGUGUCGAUCAUCAUGAAAGAGAUGGGGGUGUGAGUUUCAUCUCUCACCUUGGCCGUUUCUUGUACACUAAAAAUGCCGAGAAGGUCAACACCUUGUCAGACAAGGCCUGGGUAACUGUGGCAGCCACUAAAAAACUUCUCAGACGCACUGGUAUGACACUCCCACAACUUAAGAAUCAUCCUGGUUUUGUGGAAGCUUGGAGAAGGCAGGUGUCACAGUCAUGUCCAUUUGUAGAGCCGAAGUGUGACCCCACUGUAAUCUACCGAACCGCAGACGGCUCCUGUAAUAACCUCAACGACUCGUCUGUCGGUGCUGCCUAUACCAGGCAGAGGAGAAUGAUGGAUAACGCUUAUGAAGACGGAAUCAAUCAACCAAGACAAACCAGCGUUACUGGAUGUUCUCUACCAAGUCCGCGUUUGAUCAGUAAUGUUAUCCAUAAAUCUGGUCACUGUUCCCUUCCUAGCAGGCGAUUCACUGUUUUAGCUAUGCAAUUUGGACAAUUCAUUGAACAUGACGUCAUUUCAACUCCUCUUCAACGAGGGUUUAAUAGCUCGGAUAUUAUGUGUUGUGGAAUUCCAGACGACAUUUUACAGAAAAGAUCCCAGUGUUACCCUAUAGAUAUACCUUCUGGGGAUCCUCGAUUUAAAGAGCACUGUAUGUCAUUUGUACGGGCAACUCCAGGACUGGAGAAAAACUGUGAUGCAGGAGUCAGAUCACCUAUGAAUCAAGCCACAUCUUACCUGGACGGGUCCCAGAUUUAUGGCGUGGAUGCUGACGAGCAACUUAAACUUAGAGCUGGUGUCGGAGGUUUAAUGAAGAUGACACCAUUCUCCUAACAAACAACAAAACCCCAUACGGAAGAAGCGAUUUGUAUUCAGGAAGAACCCGGAGAUUACUGUUUUGGCACGGGCGAUUUUAGAGUAAAUCACGUUCCCGGUUUGACUGUUCUGCAUACAAUAUUCCUAAGACAACAUAACAGAAUAGCAACUGGAUUAGCCCUCUUGAACCUACACUGGGAUGACGAAAGAAUUUUUCAGGAGACACGUAAAAUAAUUAUUGGAUGUCUCCAGCACAUUGUAUAUAACCAUCUCCUGCCAACAAUUCUACGAAAAGAAGACAUGGAUAGGUACGGCCUAUGGUCCACCGACUACGGUUAUAGUCAUGUGUACGAUCCUUCUGAGGAUGUCUCUAUAAUGAUGGGAUUUUCAGCCGCAGCCAUGAGGUUCCCUCACACAAGAAUUCCAAACGUUCAGUCCAUGGUUAACAAAGACUACACAAUUAGGCACGAUGCCCCUAUAUUUGAAACCUUUGACAAACCAAAAUUUGUCUUACAAAACCUUGGAAAGGCUCUUGCUGAUUUUGGAAGAUGGCUGAUUUCAUUUCCAGUUAUGGAAGAUGAUCGUUUUGUGGAGGAUGGAGUUAGGGAUUUCCUAUUCUUGGAUAAUAAAGGGGAAAGUUUUGACCUUGUCGCUCUUAACAUUCAGCGUGCCAGGGAGCAAGGUAUUCCUCCUUACAACCACUGGAGACGACUUUGUGGUUUGAAGCCUGCCUUGUACUUCUCCAACAGUCCAGGAGGUCUAGUUGAUCAUGAACCCGAAGUCGUCAAACUUUUAUCCCAAGUUUACAAGCACCCAGACGAUAUUGACCUCUUUAGCGGAGGAAUAUCUGAAAAAAUCCCAGUUGGUGCAGCCACCGGACCUACUUUUGCUUGUAUCAUUGCAACGCAAUUUAAAAAUAUCAAAGUUGGUGACAGAUUCUGGUAUGAAAACUACAAUCCUUACACUGGCUUUACUCUAAGUCAAUUAAACGAAAUUAAAAAGACAUCUUUAGCUAAACUCAUAUGUGAGAACCUUGAUAUUCAGUACAUCCAGCGAGAUCCACUGUCUUUUGUAUCAGAGAGAAAUCCCAGGGUCCCUUGCAAGUCACUUCCGGGCAUUGAUCUUCAGUUCUGGCAGGAAAAAAUGAAAGGUAUUAUUAGAAAAGAUUAUUAUGACGUCGAGCGGGGGAAACAGUGUGUAGCCAACUGUAGCUACAACAAAUCCGACACAGUUUUUGAGGUAGACAUUUACACAAUUAUUAAUGGGCUUAAAACUGACCCUUGUCGUGGACAUGUUCAUGUCACCUGGGAAUUUUCUGUGAUCACAGCCCUCGCAGGUUUAUUUAAGGUCAUGGAGACCUAUUUUCCGGUAGUGGUGGCCAUUUUGGUUACUUUAAGGGCUGUCUCAGAAGUGGAGAGUACGCAUGCUUAUGACACGCUUCUCUCUACUUCUGAUAUGAUAAAGAAGUGCAUAGAUAAAGCUGUAAGAGAUGUCAAAAAACAGAAAGCGCUUGAGAAGAAAUUCUACCUACAAGGCAACGACUGUUUUCCUGAAAAUGGGGCUUUCAGUUGGCAUCAUUCCAAAUUUAUGGGAAUUGAGGAUCCGGACAAAAUACAGCUGCUGAACAAAAAAGCUUCCAUUGUCUUGAGAGCCAUCAAAUAUUUUGAACAAAUGUCUGGCAUCUCGCUCGAGGAGCUAAAAGGAGACAAUGGACUCAAAAAGAUUUGGCAAAAAGCUAUAUCUCCACAUUGUAACUGUCCAAAGCCAAAGUGUAAUAAUCGUGCUCACUAUCGUACGGCGGAUGGCACGUGCAAUAACGUGAAAAAUCCUAAAUGGGGAUCCUCCUUUAUCCCUCAGUUUAGAUAUCUCCCACCAGCCUAUCAUGAUGGUGUAAACAGACCUCGUCUAAAAAGUGUCUCUGAGGACUUAUUACCGAGCGCACGUCAUAUAAGUAACGUCAUUCACAGCGCCGAGAAAUGCCAGUCCUCGGACCGAUUCCUUACCAUGAUGUUCAUGUCAUGGGGACAGUUUCUGGAUCAUGACUUUAUAGGAACGCCCAUGACGAAAGGAUUCAAUGAUUCCACUAUUUUGUGUUGCAAACUAAGUCCAACUACGCUAGUCCAGAGGGAAUCUUGUUUUCCAAUCAAAAUUCCUAGUGAUGACCCUUACUUCAAAUACCAGUGCAUGGAGUUUGUUCGGUCAUCAGCGGCUCCACUUGAUAACUGUGUACCAGAAUGGAGAAACCAGAUAAACCAACACACAUCCUUCGUGGAUGGUUCAAUGGUGUAUGGCGCUUCAGUCAAGGAGGCCAGAUCGUUACGCACCGGAUAUGACGGUCUCUUAAAGGUUACAAUUGAUGGAAUGUUACCUAAAGCAAAGAAGAGUGAAUGUAUAAUGCAGAAAAGGUCUGACUACUGCUUCCAGGCAGGAGAUAAAAGAAAUAUGGUUGUACCAUCUUUGACAUACCUGCAUUUAUUAUUCGUCCGUGAACAUAACCGAAUAACAAGUGAGCUAUCAGCAAUUAAUCCACACUGGAGCGAUGAGACCCUAUAUCAACAGACGAGGAAGAUAGUCAUCGCCAUUAUACAACACAUCACAUAUAAAGAAUAUUUAACCUUCCUCCUUCCCAAAGACAUACGUACAAAGUAUGGUCUUACACCAAAAAUAGAGGGUCAUAGUACAGUAUAUAACCCAAAAGUAAAUCCCUCAAUAUCAAAUGUAUUUGGAGUAGCAGCUUUCCGCUUCGGCCACUCACAAAUCCCGAACCAUCAGGUACUAUUUUCAACAACCCAUACGCCCAUUCAGGUCAAACCUAUUGAGAAAACUUUUAAUCGACCUUUCCUGACCUUAAGCCAUAAUAGAAAUGGGAGGGGGUAUGACGGAGUUGGUCGAUGGUUGGUCAAUGAUUUCAUGUCUCCAAAUGACAAAUGUUUAGAAGAUGGUGUAAGAAACAAGUUGUUUUUAGAUAAAGAAUAUAAGAGUUUUGAUUUAGCGGCACUGAAUAUUCAAAGAGGACGCGACCACGGAAUUCCUAGUUAUAAUGCAUGGAGAAAAUUUUGUGGUUUGAAACCCGUCGUUCAUUUUGGAUCUGGUCCAGGUGGAAUGGUUGACCAUGAUGAGGAGGAUGCUGAAAUAUUUCACUCGUUGUACAGACAUCCUGAUGACAUGGAUCUAUAUCCUGCAGCUAUGUCAGAGCGCCAUCUACCUGGAGGACUCCUCGGGCCAACGUUUUCCUGUUUAGUAGCAAAACAGUUCAAUCAGUUAAAAACCGGUGAUAGGUUUUGGUAUGAAAACGAAUUCCUAUCAAUUGGAUUCAAUAGAGCCCAGUUGAAUGAAAUUAAGAAGAUAAAACUCUCACGAGUUGUGUGUGAUAAUACAGAAAUCAAGGAAGUCCAGAAGUUUGUUUUUACACCGCCCAGCAUACAUAAUGAAUUGUACCCAUGUAUGGAUCGACGAUAUUCAAUAAACUUGGAACUGUGGCGGGAAAUACCGAAAGGAUCACGUGGUUACAGUGCUCGACGGAGUUUUCAUCAUUUCAUUAAUUUAUCCUAGCAUUGCAUCCAAAAAUUGUUAAGGGUUUAGAAUUUUGUUAUUUAUAUUUAUUUAUUAUCUUAGUUUAAAUAAAACAAAUUCGUAUUUUGUGCAUUUU